AUGGUGUCAGAAGAAGAUCGUGCUUCCUGCAUAGCUGCAUAUCAGUUUGUACAGGGAGUAAUAUACACAAAUGCAAUUGUUUAUUGGCCUGAGAAGAAAAUCAUGUCUACAGGAAGCACUUUCAAUAAUUUCCCAUACCAUGAUCUUCCAUUUGAUAUAUUGUCCAACAUUUUGGCUAGGCUUCCUGUCAUAAACCUACUGAAAUUCUGUUCUGUGUGCAGAUCGUGGUGCACUUACAUCUAUUCCCCUUAUUUCAUCUCUAAGCAUCGCGAUCUUUACAAUAAAGAACAUUCCAAAAAUUCCCAUUUGCUCAUUGCAGUAACUUCUGGACGAUUCUGCUUACAGGGUGUUACCAACGCUCAGAAAUUAACCACACGUGUUUUUCUUCAUCCUUUUCCUGCUGAUCUUAUCAUACCAUGUAUUUAUGGAAACUGUAAUGGGUUAUUUCUACUGAUCUUCCAUGGUCAUCAAGAUUAUAUAUGUUUGUGGAAUCCCUUUCUCAGAAAAUCUUUGAUUCUUCCACCUUGUCCAAUUGUUUCUCCCAUUCAAUAUGUUAAUUAUGUUAUAGGAUUUUCCCCCUCUUCUGAUGAUUAUAAGGUGCUUGCCUAUCGGCUUCGUACAAUUUUUAAUGGUGAUGAGUAUGAAGCGGCAAUGGCAGUUUAUUCACUUACAAAUCACAUUUGGACUAUUAAAAUCAAUCCCAUGAAUGUCGAUGCUUGGGCUUCAUUAAGGGACCCUUUUUCUUGUGACAAUUAUGUUUAUUGUGGAUGGCUGUUGUAUCAUCGUCCUGCAUAUGGGUUAUGGGAAAGCAUGAUAGAAAGUACACAUGGAGGGUGUGGUGUUCAAAAUCUUGGAUUCAAAAAUUGUCUAAUUUACAAGCCACAAAUUAAAAGUAUCGAGAAUGGAGAUCCUGGUUUUGUUUUCGUGGGUGCUUAUGCGGAGACCUUAGCGUUACUUACAGGAACAGAAGAGAUGAUAUUCAUACCUUUGCCUUAA